ACUUGUUUUUGUUCAUUAUAGAGACACAAAUUCAGAUUUCAAAUUUUUGAACACUUCUUAAUUUCAUGUCGUACAAGUUUAUUAUUGAUUAUUAAAAAUUGAUUAGAGACUUUACUAGGUACCUAUAAAAUGUUGCGUUUGCAUAAUUUCGAUUUGCAAACAAAUUUCAGCUUAAAAUAUGUGUCUAAGACAUCAUUACAGGAUGUUCAAUACACGGAUCGACAUAUCAUACCCCGUGUUGAAGAGUAUUUGAACCGCUUUAUGCAAACCACAAGAAAACGAAGUUUUUUGGAUAAAGAACUAAUUGUUAAUGCCUUGCGAUCAGAAUAUCCAGAAUAUAAUAGAAAACCUUGGGGCGUUAUGUCAAAUUUGGUUGCUAGAGCCUUGGUUGUACUCGAUAAUUUAAAAAAUCCAGUAGAAAACAUAUCAUCGGAAGACUCAACAAUUGACAUAAUGUCUUCUGGAGAUGAGCGUAUUGACAUUACAAAUGAUUUGGAUCCUCCAGAAAAUCCAAAACACUAUAUUACCGAAAUGAACAUUUCAGAUUCUGAAUUAGCUCAAGAAGUUGGAUCAAAUUCUUUUCCUUGUGAUGUAACUACUAACGGUGAUAAGAAUAAGCCAGCCACUUGUUCUUCUACUAACGUUGAAAAACUGCCUGGUUGGGUAAUAGACAAAACUCCAAUGACGAGUACUAAAAGGAAAAGUAAUUUAGACAAAACUGUUGAAGGAAUGCCAACACCUAUGAAAAAAGUUUGUCAACAAAUAGGUACUACAGAAGAAGUAUCUUUAACAUUUGAUGAUUUAGCUGGUUGUGAUUCCGUGUUAUUGGAAAUAUUUCAGCUAAUUAUGCAUAUGAAGCACCCACUAGUUUAUAAGCAAUUAGGUAUAUCUCCUCCAAAAGGAUUUUUGUUGCAUGGCCCACCUGGUUGUGGUAAAACACUCUUAGCACAGGCAGUGGCAGGAGAGCUAAAGAUUCCAUUAAUCAGCAUUGCUGCUCCACAACUAGUUGUUGGUAUCAGUGGAGAGUCAGAAAAACGAGUGAGAAAAUUAUUCGAAACUGCUGUUAAAUCAGCACCUUGUGUACUGUUCAUUGAUGAAGUAGACUCAAUUUCUCCAAAUAGAGAAACUACUCGUGAUAUGGAACGUAGAAUUGUUGCUCAAUUACUAUCAUCAUUAGACAGUUUAAAAGAUGAUGAUAAAGUAAUUGUGAUUGGAGCUACAAAUCGUCCUGAUAGCUUAGACCCAGCAUUGAGACGAGCUGGCCGGUUUGAUCGUGAAGUUUGCCUUGGUAUUCCGGAUAGACAAUCUCGUAGAGCAAUGUUAGAUCUUAUGUGUAAAAAAUUGCCAAUUGAUCCAACAGUUAGCUUGGAUAAAUUAAGUGAAUUAACACCAGGUUAUGUUGGUGCUGAUUUGAAAUCUCUAACAAGAGAAGCUGCCACUGUAGCAGCUAAUAGAACUAUUAAAGCUAUAAAGAUGAGAACUAUGUCUGAAGAUGUUAAUCUUGAUGAGACUGAACAGUUGUUAUCUUCAAAUAAGAAUAAAAUCAAAGAUACAUUGAAAUUGCUUCGUUCAGAUAUCUGUAUUCCAGAAGAAUAUUUACUUAAUGAAUUAUGUGAGGUCCAAAUUGAAUUAAAUGAUUUCAAAGAAGCUCUGAAGAAAGUGGUUCCUUCGUCCAAAAGAGAGGGAUUUGUUACAGUGCCCAAUGUUACAUGGGAUGAUAUUGGUUCAUUAAAGAAAAUAAGAGAAGAACUUCACAUGGCUAUGUUGGCUCCUGUAACUCAUGCUAAAGAAUUCACUGUAUUGGGCUUAGAUGUUCCAACUGGAGUGCUAUUAUGUGGACCUCCAGGCUGUGGUAAAACAUUGUUAGCCAAAGCUGUAGCAAAUGAAGCUGGUAUUAAUUUUAUAUCGAUUAAAGGGCCUGAAUUAUUGAAUAUGUAUGUUGGCGAAAGUGAACGAGGAGUACGCCAAUGUUUUCAAAGAGCACGCAAUUCACAGCCUUGCGUCAUAUUUUUUGAUGAAAUUGAUGCACUUUGUCCUAAAAGAAGUGAUAUGGAUGCAAAUGGUCGUUCUGGUCAACGCGUUGUGAAUCAGUUAUUAACUGAAAUGGAUGGUUUUGAAGGCGGUAGAAGUGGUGGUGUUUUUGUUAUGGGUGCAACAAAUCGGCCAGAUAUGAUAGAUCCUGCUGUACUUAGACCAGGACGUUUGGAUAAAGUAUUAUAUGUUGGAUUGCCUGAUGAGGAAGGCCGUGUGGACAUAUUAAGAGCAGUGACUAAAAAUCGUAAAAGACCAGUAUUGGCUGAUGAUGUAGAUUUGGAAGCGAUUGGCAAAAAUGAAAAAUGUUCUUACUUCACUGGAGCUGAUUUAGCUGCACUUGUACGAGAGGCAGGUAUUUUAUGUCUUCAGGAGUAUAUAAGUUCAAACGAUGUGAAUAGGCAAUUGGCAAUUCAGAGUAAGCACUUUGAUGAAGCAAUGAUGAAAACGAGGCCUUCAGUAUCUGCUGAGGAUCAGGCACAUUAUGAAUUGUUGAAAUUAAAAUAUGCUGCACCAAGAAGUUGAAGUAUAAAAUAUUAUUUCACACAUACAAUUAAAUUCAAUGUUAGUUGUUAUGAUGAGUGUUUGUUCCUGUUAAUUUUUAUUGUUUUGUAAAAUCAUUGUUGAAAAAUCAUUUGCUGUUGAAUUGUUAUCUAAUGAAUUGUAAGAUUUUGAGACCUCUACAAUUUACUUUGCCUUAGGUCUCACAAAUCAUCAGAAAGGCCAUACUUUUGAUAGGUAAAUCUUUUUGUAUAAUUUUUUCUUAAUAUUUUGUAUAUUGAUAUUUUUUUUGCUUAUUGUCUCUUGUUCUAUAUACUUAAUAACAAAGAAAAAUUUGUACAAUA